ACUAAAGCUGGAGCUGGAGUCAGGGUCGGUGUCCUGGGACUGCACAGGGAACAGUGCAGAUGCAAGAACCAGAAAGCAAACUCCCACAGGCCGAGAACCGCACAGGGGACCGGCCUGCUGGUACCCACGCUGUUUCAAUUGCAGAGGCAAGUUGGGGGCUCUCGCUGGGGAGCGAGGUUGCAACUGGCAUGUGAGCUCGAAGGCGCAGCGGAGAGGCCGGGGACCAUUGGGAAAGCGGUAAUGAGAGGCAGGAGAGGAGUGAGCUGGGGUGGCUGCGGGAAGAACCGGCCAACAAGUCCUGAUGGAGCAUCACCCAGGGACCACCUGGCGGACCAGACCUGGAGGCUUCCUGGGGAUCCCAGUAAUGACUGGGUAGCUCGGAGGGCACGCACCAUGGCAGAAAACAGAGAGCACCGUGCGGCCAUCGAGGCUGAGCUGGAUCCAGUGGAGUACACCCUUCGGAAGCGACUGCCCCACCGCCUGCCCCGGAGGCCCAAUGACAUUUAUGUCAACAUGAAGACUGACUUUAAGGCCCAGCUGGUCCGCUGCCAGAAGCUGCUGGACGGUGGGGCGCGGGGUCAGAACGCAUGCACUGAGAUCUACAUUCAUGGCUUGGGCCUGGCCAUCAAUCGUGCAAUCAACAUUGCCCUGCAGCUGCAGGCGGGCAGCUUCGGGUCCUUGCAGGUGGCCGCCAAUACCUCCACGGUGGAGCUUGUUGAUGACCUGGAACCAGAGACUGAUGCACGAGAGCCGCUGACCCGCAUCAGAAACAACUCGGCCAUCCACAUCCGAGUUUUCAGGGUCACACCGAAGUAAUUAAAAUGAGUCUGGCUCACUUUGUCCAGCCACCCUCAGCUAGGCUCAGGUAUGACUCUCCUUGUACUGAGUACUGUCAUGGACCUCCUGCUAGAGUCAGGAAAAGCCUGUCUUCUCAUAGCCCAAAGGAUUCUGAAUUGAGACGGGGAGUGUGUCUCUUGGGCCCAAGCAAUAGGCCUUCCUGAAUCUUUGUGGUCUGUAACCCACCAUUGUCCUAGACAAUAAAAAGUAUCGAGUUGUGUUAAGUGUCCAUCCA